GUUGCUAAGGCACGGGUGGCAAGGAGCAGCCACAAUGCACUGGCUCCCACUCAGGGUGCACUAUGUGUGUCUCCCUGGCCUGAACCACGGUGCCCCAGAAACUCCACGUAGGAUGAUCCAUCUGUGCCUGUGGGUCCCAUGGGUCCUCUUCGCGUGGCAACCAUCGAGGUUGCUAAUCCAGGCAACUCAUCCUCCGGAGGGGGCCCAGGACCCAGUCCAGCUGACUUCUGAGCCCUGGUCUUCACACUCCUCUAAUACCCCACCCGAAUCGCCUGAUGCGCUCACACCCCCUGCAGAUCCCGGCGGCUUCGAUUACCUGGGGUCGUCUGCUCCCUCCCAGAUGUUAGUCCCACCUCAAGAGUCCACUGCGAAUUUGGCUCCUUUUCUGGACGUGGAUUCAGCUCCAGAGCUGCCCCCAGAGCUGGACCAGCUGGGUGUUCUGUAUCAAGAUCUGAACAGCAAGCUCACUCGGCAACAAAGGCUCCCAGAGGCCGUCCCAGUGACGGGUGGGGAUCGGCAUCAGGCCCCGGCUCUGCCUCCUCAACCAGAAAGUAAGAGUCACCAGGCAUUUGAAAUACUCGUUCCACCGCUAGACGGUCAGAGUUCAAAGCCAACCAAGUUUAUUGUUUCAACCCCAAACCUGAAGGAGGAUCUCACUCGACAUCGAACACUUGCUAAGGUUGUUGCUGGAACUCCAGAAGAAUUUGCAAAGUUUGGACGUCCAGAUCAAAGUUUUCUGGAUGAUUAUGUCAGCUAUCCUGACAGCUUACCCCUGGCAUUCGAAGAGGACUCAGGUGAGCACCCAGAGCCCUUUCAGAACGUUGAACCAUCACAAUUCCAGCGCAAGGGCCAACUUCAAAGUCCGGAGGUUCUUGAGGAGUUCCAGUUCCCUUCACCCCAGCAAGAGGGCCCAGCUCAGCCUCCAGAGCCCCUCGAGGACGCUGCACCUGCUUCAACCCAGCAGGAGGCCCUAGCCCAACAUCCAUUUGCUACUGAAGAAGUCGGAGGUCGACCAUCAGUACACCAUGAGGUCAAUGCCCCGUCUCCACCUCUGCGCUCAACCUUGCCCAGCGUCACAGUCAGACCUCCGGACGUGGAGCUUACAGUGACACCAGAGGCAGGCAACGACGCUCAAGCUACUCCGGGCCAGCAGCAGGCCCCGGCUCAGCCGCCAGAACGCUAUGAGCAGGUGGAACCUUCCCCGCGAGAGGGUACAGAGCCCUCAGAGUUCCCUGUGGAACCCGAACCGUCAUUAACCCAGCAAGAAUACCCAGCCCAGCUGCCAGAGUUUGCUGAGGAGGUCAGACCACCAGCCGCGCAGCAGGAGGGCCUGCCCGUGAGCACGGAGCUUUCUCCCGGUGAGCAGGAGCAGCCAGUUCGACCCUCUGGAGGCCAUCCGGAAGCCCCAGAGCAGCCUUCACAGCUCCCUGUAGAGGUCAGGCCUCCAGCUCAGCAGGAGCCUCAAGCUGCGGCUCCAGAAGUUGCUGUGGAAAGCAUAGCGCAGACUCUACCAGGCUACGCGUGGACAGUUCCACCUGCAGGUCAGGAGCAAGCUUACAACUACAACUUGCCCAACGCUACAGCUAAGCCUGCGGAUGUGGAAAUGACCAUAACGCUAAAGCCUACCAAAGAGGGUGAAGCUUCGGCCCAGCAGGUGGCCCCGGCUCAGACUCUAGGCCCUUUCCCCAGUGAACAGGAGCAGCCAGCUCAGUACGCAGGGUCUCCCACGGAGACAGAGCCUGCUCCAGCCCCGCAGGAGGCCCUGGCUCAGACCCCGCGCCCUCCUCCGGAGGCUGAAUUCUUCCCCAGCGAGCAGGGGCAGCCAGUUCAGUACGCUGAGCCUACUGCGGAGGCGGAACCUUCUCCCGGCGAGCAGGAGCAAGCAGUGCAGCCUUCUGAGUCUUCCGGGGAGGCCGAAUCUUUGGAAAGCCAGCUGGAAGGCCCAGCUCAGCCUCCGGAACAUCAGGAGGUGACAGUUUCACUUCCAGGUCCCCAUCAAUAUCAACAUCCAGACGUCCCCAGUGUGACGAGUAAACCUCCAGAUCUGCAGCUCACCAUAACACCAGAACCCGCGGCAGAGGAGGGAACACUGCCAAUCAAGCAGGAGACCACAGCUCAGCCUGCAGUCCCAGUCCACGGUGAGGAACCUUCGGAAACUCAGCAUGAGGCCCCAGCUGUGCCUCCAGGGUCUUUUGAAGAGGUUGAACCUUUACCAGUUCCGUCUCCAGAAGUCACUGAGGAGGAGAAACCCUCUCCAAUCCAGCAGGAAGCCCCAGCGCAGCCUCCGGAGAUCCCUAAUGAGACCGUAGUGCAAACUCCAGAGCUUCACUAUCAGGGUCAGUCUCCAACGUUGCAAGAUAUCUCCAUCCAACCUGCAGAGAGUACUCAUGAGGUUGAAACUUCAAGCCAACAGGAAGCGCCGGCUCAGUCCUCAGGGAACCCUGAGCAGCCUGAGCCUUUUAAAGAUCACGGGACAGUGAUGGCUCAGCCGCCAACCACCCCUGAAAAGGAUGAGCAUUCUCCAGUUGAUCAAGGGAUCCCAGCUCGGCCUGAAGAACUUGAGGGACCUUCUCCAAGCCAGCAGGAGAGCUCAGUUCUUCUUCAGAAGCCCACUGUGGGUGCUGAACAAUUAUCAGUCCAACAGGAACAGCCUGAGCCUUCGACGGAGAAUACCAUGACACUUUCACCUCUUGAUCUGUCCGUGUUAUUCAGAGGUCAUCGUUUAACGUUGCCUAAAACCACACAGAAACCUGUGGAUCUUGAGGUCACCAUAACUUCAGCUUCAGAGGUUGAAUCCUUCCCAGGUCAGCAGAAGGACUCUGCUCAGCCUACAGGUCUCACUCAGCAAGCUGAAUUUUCUCCAACUCAGUUUGAUCCUCCUUCCCAGAUCCUAGAACCCACUGAAAAGGUAGAGUUUUCUCCAGCUGAGCAAGAGGCCACAGAUGAGACUGCAGAUCCCCACAACGAGGUAGAACCUAUUCCAAUGCAACAGGACUCUCCAUCUGUACCACAAGCGCCCCCUGGGGCUGACUCCUCUGCAACGCAACAGGAGGUGUCAGAGCACCCUCCAGAAACCCCUAGUGAGGCCAAUCUUUUUUUGCCACAGCAGGAGGUAACACCUAAGGAGUUUGGAACUCAACCCCCAGUAUAUCAGGAGGUGACAUUUCCAACACUCACUCAGGAUCGAACUCAGUAUCCACAGUUAUCCAGAAACCUAUUUCAACCUUUUACCAUGCAAGUUGCCAUAACUCCUUUUCCAGCAAACCCUGAUGUGAGACUUCCACAUCUAGACCAGGUUCAGGCUCAGCAUCCAAACCUGGCUCAAGUCAUGGUUCAGCCUUCAAAUCUGGGACUUAGCACGACUCCAAAACCAACUAUGCAGGGUGACUUUUCUGCAACUCAACUUCCGGAGCCACCUAAAAAGGUUGUAGCUCAGCUCCCAGUAUUUCAGGAGGUGACAACUCCAACACCAGUUCAGAAUCCAGUUCAGUAUCCGAUGUCACCCAGGAUCACAUUUCGACCGCUGAAGCUGGAGCUUACUAUAGCUCCACAACCCACUACAGGCGGUGAGCUUUCUCCAACCGUGCAGGAUACCACAAGUCAAUCUCUAGAGCCUCCUAAGGGAGUUGGUGGAGGUCAAAUUCCAUUAUAUCAGGAGGUGACAGUUCCAAAACAAGGUCAGAAUCAAGCUCAGCAUCCAGAGUUACCCAGCAUCACAUUUCAACCUUUGACCUUGGGGCUCACCAUUACUCCAGAAGCCACCAUGCAGGCUGAGCAUUCCACAGCCCCGAAGACCCCUCCAACACAUGCUGAGGCGAUACUUUCACACCCAGACCUGAUUCAAGCCACAGAUCAACAUUUGGACCUGGGAAUUGCCUUAACUCCAGAACUCAACACAGAGGUUGAACCUUCUCCAACCACACCAGAGACCCCAACCCAGCUUACAGAGUCAUCUACAGAGGUUGCAGCUCAACUUCCGGUGUAUCAGGAGGUGACAUCUCCAGCACCAGGCCAGGAUCAAGCUCAGCCUCCAGUGUCAGCCAGUGUCACAGAUCAGCCUUUGGACCUACCACCUACCAAUACUCCAGAACCCACCACGGAGGCCGAGCAUUCUACAGCUCUGUAUCCAGACAAGAUUCAGACGCAGAAUCCAAACCUGACUCAGGUCACUGUUCAACAUUUGGGCCAGGAAUUUACCAUAACUCCAGAACCCAGUAGUACAGAGACUGAACUUGCUUCAAACAUGCAGGAGACCCCAGCCCAACAUCCGGCAUCAGCUAGUGUCACAGUUCAGCCUUUGAGUGUAGUGCUUACCACAACUCCACAACCUAGCGUGGAGGCUGAACAUUCUACAGCUCUGAAGACCACAACACCUCCUCCACUGUACCCUGAAGCAACACUUUCACAUUCAGAAUAUGUUCAGGCUCAGCAUCCAGAAGUGACUGGAGUCACAGUUCAACCUUUUGAUCUAGAACUUACCUUAACUCCAGGAUCCAAGGUGGAGGCUGAGCCAUCGCCAGCCAUCCAGCAGACCCCAGCUCAGCCUCCAGAGCUACCUACAGAGGCUGUAACUCAACCUCCAGUGAAUUAUGAGAUGACAGUUGCAACACCAAGCCAAGAUCAAACUCAGCAUUCAAUGUCACCCGGUGUCGCAGUUCAGCCUUCGAAGUUAGAGCUUCCCAUAACUGCAGAACCCACCACACAGGCUGAACAUUCUACAGCCCUGGAGACUACAGUGCCUCCCCCAGUGCACUCGCAGGUGACACUUUCACAUCCAGACCAGAUUCAGACUCAGCAUAAAAAUCUGAGUCAAGUCACAGUCAAACCUCUGGGCCUGGCUAUUACUGGAACUCCACAAUAUACUACAGAGGUCAAACCUUCUACGACCAUGCAGGUGACCCUACCUCAGCCUCCAGAGCCACCUAAUGAGGUUGCAGCUCAAUCCCCAGUGUAUUACGAGAUGACAGUUCCAACACCAGGUCAGGAUCAAGAUCAGCAUGCAACAUCACCCAGUGUCACAGCUCAGCCUUCAGAGUUGGAACUCACCCAAAUUCCAGCGCCUGCUACACAGGUUGACCUUCCUAUACUCCUGAAGACUACAGCUGUACCUCUAGGCCAGAUUCAGAUGCAGUACCCUGAAGUCACAGGUCAACCUUCAGAUCUGCAGUUCCCUGUGACUCAGUAUUCUGUAAAUUAUAUCCCAGAAAGUGCGUUAGCUGUGCAAAAGGAAAAGAAUGCCACCCAAAACACCGACACAUGUGAGCUCUGUACCUGCAAAGAUCAGACACUGUCAUGUACUGGUCUCAGCCCAAGGCAGAAGCUCCACAGAGUGCCUGUGCCAGCGCCCAAUACCUUCAAUGGCACCUUCAUCAUCUUAAAUUUCCAAGGAAAUUCUAUUUCCUACAUUGACGACGACGUAUGGAAAGCAUACCACUGGGUUGAGAAACUAAUUCUCAGUGAAAAUUACUUGACUGAAUUACAUAAGGAUUCAUUUGAAGGCCUGCUAUCCCUCCAGUAUUUGGACUUAUCCUGCAAUAAGAUACAGUCUAUUGAAAGACGUACAUUUGAGUCACUCCCUUUUUUGCAGUUUCUAAAUCUCGGUUGCAAUCUCCUCACAGAGCUGAACUUUGGGACCUUUCAGGCGUGGCACGGAAUGCAGUUUUUGCACAAGGUGAAUCUUGAUCGUAAUCCUCUGACAACUGUUGAAGAUUCCUAUCUUUUUAAAUUGCCAGCAUUAAAAUAUCUAGACAUCGGAACAACGCAAGUACCACUUACCGCAGUUGAGAACAUCCUCAUGAUGACUCUCGAAUUGGAAAAACUGAUCCUACCUAGCCAUAUGGCCUGCUGCCUCUGCCAAUUUAAAAGUAACAUUGAGGUUGUCUGCAGGACAGUCAAGCUGCAUUGUGGCAGUGCAUGUCUGACAAACACCACACGCUGUCUUGAAGAAGCAUCUAUAGGGAAUCCCAAAGGGGAAUUCAUGAAGGCACUGCAGGCCCGGAAGAAGAACACCAGCACGGAGCUCAUUAUUGAGCCAGAGGUGGAAAUGUCGGAAAGAAAACAGCUCAACGUUGCAUACGCCACGAAUGAGCCGCUAGACUUUAAUGACGAAAGUGACGUAAUUAGUGCAUUAAACUACAUACUGCCUUAUUUCUCAGAGGGCAAUCUAGAAGAUGUAGAAUCAACAUUAUUACCAUUCAUUAAACUGCUUUUUUCUAGCACACAAGGAGAUAAGUCUUUGGGUUCCUUGGAAACCAAUCCAAGAAUCCCCUUUGUAAAACCUUACGAAAGCAAAUUGAGAAAGCUUCGUUUCCUAGAAAACUUGUUAAAUGCAGAAAUUCAAGCAAAAAUUAAUGCGGUUAAAAGAAGAGAAAAAGCCGCCAUGCUUAUGCAGCCCAUGCUGUUAGGUCCCAAAUUUAAACGCCAAAUCUUCUUAAAGAAAUUGGAAAUUGCCCAGUCACAGCAGAACAGCCUGGCGACCACUCCCAGCGGAGGGCGAAGGCUGCAGAGAGUGAAAAAAGUCGUCAAGGGGCUGAAGGGCUUACAGAAAAGGCUCCGCCAGGAGAGGAGAAAGCAGAGCAUCAGGAGACAGAGAGCAGGGCCCCUCGGGGGGAGCUUCGCUGAAGGUGGGCUGGGGAGGGCAGGCCCUGGCGAGCUGGAGGAGCUUAACCACGCGGUGCAGCGGCCCAGCCAGGGGGUGGGAAACUCCCUCCACGCUGAGCCCUCGCUCACAAAGGGACACGAGGCCGUGGCCUCCCCUGUGCUGCAGGAACACAUCGUGGGCAGGUCUUCUGCUGUCUCCCUCGUAGAACCUCUCCCUGAGUUCAACAACAAAGGGAAAGACUUAACCUACACCAUGCUUGUUUUAGAAGACGCAAAUGCUAGAGUGAAAAAGACAGAGGCAGCAAAACCAAUCUAUUCUGAACCAAAUUACCGCUUUCCUAAAACCCGCUCUCAUCUGGUCCUCAGAACCCCCAAGGCCAAACUGAGUCGGAAGUUCAGAAGGAAAACUCCCCUCAACACACAGGUGUCUGUAAAGAGGCCUGCCUUCCUUGCAUUGCGGAGUCUCAUAGGCUCGCCUUCCCGAGAGGCCUUCUCGUCCCCGGGAGACCUGACUUCUCAGCGAAGUCCCACUCUGGAAGAGGUUGUCUUGGAAAACGUUACUGAAGAAAACCCUUCUAUGGGAGACGAUUUGGAAGGAAACACUUUGGUAGAAAACAUGGUUGAGCUGGAAGAAACACUCCCUGCCAACACAACCCUGGAGAAUCCUUUGGCUGCAGGUUCUGCUGGGACUGCACUCAGCCCGAAGCCGACCACUAAACACACCAAUGAGACGCAACGGGAGCACCCCAACAUGAGCACUGACGCCCCCUCCACACCCGCAGACUUCACCUACCCCUCCCUGUUGUCCCCGGGGGAUGAGUUUGAAAUUCAGCUCAACCAGCAGCUCCGCUCCCUCAUCCCCAACAACGACGUGAGAAGGCUCAUUUCUCAUGUUAUCCGGACUCUGAAAAUGGACUGCUCGGAGACCCAUGUGCAACUGGCCUGUGCCAAGCUCAUCUCCAGGACAGGCCUCCUGAUGAAGCUCCUCAGUGAGCAGCAGGAGGUGAAGGUGGCCAAGGCAGAAUGGGAUACGGACCAAUGGAAAACUGAGAAUUACCUCAACGAGAGCACAGAAGCCCAGAGUGAUCAGAAGGGGCCGGACUCGAGAGAGCUCACAAAAGAAGUCCCAGGAUACGGUUAUAACAACAAACUCAUCUUGGCAAUAUCUGUGACUGUGGUAGUGAUGAUUUUGAUCAUAAUUUUCUGCCUCAUUGAGAUUUAUUCUCACAGGGCGGGAACCAGGGGAGAUGUUGAACAAUCUUCAAGGGGCUUUUUCCAACACGCGCCCAGGAAGUGCACAGACAGCGAGGCGCAGGUGGGCUUUUUCUGGCUAAGGCGGCCCCUCUGGCUGCGGGAUAUGUACAGACCGCUCAACGCCACGCGCAAGACAGACAUGGCCCGGAAGCUCCACGACAAGGAGUCUUCCGACGAGGAUGAGAUUUUCAACAAGGAUGCAGGGGAGCCCCCCGCAGCCCCAGCUGAGAAGGAGGCCCCUACGGAGUCGACAGCCGAAGGAGAGGAGAGCGAAGCGCCGGAGGAGCAGCCCACAGAGUGACCGCCGCCCGGCCGCCCGCCAGUUACGUGUUCUAACAUUGGCUUCUCAGCGUUGCUUAUAAAAUACUUAUUUUCUCAUACUCGCGCGUGUGAUAGUCAUAAGUAAUCCUGGCCAGGUAUUGAGAAAUGAAGAUGUGCAUUUUAUACAAACCACGAGGGCACAGGCGACAGACGCGGGAGCGCGGCUACGAGCCCAUCCUUCGGGGGGCCUUCACCGCGCUCCCCCGGGGGAGGCCGUCUCGAGGGCCUGAGCACGCCGUCCUGGAGGUGCAGCCUUUCCAGACCAAUACCAGGCGCCUGGUGCCCGCUGGUUCACGAGAACCGUCAUUUACACAGACGACCCUCCCCUGGCUC